UUUGCAACAGCUCUUUCUUUCCGGCCGUGCUGUGUGAUUUGUGAAAGUGGUCUAUGCAGCGCUAUGCUCAGCUGUCUUGCAGCAUGCUAGAUCCUGAGGGCAGUGUGGAGCACAGGGCUUCCUCCUCCUCCUCCAGAGUUUUUCUCAUCCUUCUAGCCAUGCUCCUUGCUGUAGCAUUGCUGCUUUGCUUAGCAUUCGCCGCCUCGCAGCAGAAGGAGAACGAUUUUUAUACAUUUAAAGUGGUAAACAUCAGGGGCAAGCUAGUCUCUCUGGAGAAAUACAGAGGCUCGGUAUCUCUUGUCGUCAAUGUUGCAAGUGAGUGCGGAUUUACAGAUAGCCACUACAAAGCUCUACAACAGUUACAGAGAGAUCUUGGCUCACAUCAUUUUAAUGUGCUAGCAUUCCCAUGUAAUCAAUUUGGGCAGCAAGAGCCAGACAGUAACAAAGAAAUUGAGAGCUUUGCCCGAAAGACUUAUGGUGCCUCCUUUCCUAUGUUCAGCAAAAUUGCAGUCACAGGUGCUGGUGCUAAUGCUGCCUUCAAAUAUUUAAUUGAAUCCACAGGAGAAGAACCAACCUGGAACUUCUGGAAGUACCUGGUAGCCCCUAAUGGGAAAGUAGUAAAGGCUUGGGACUCAACUGUCACUAUUGAAGAAAUAAAACCUUACAUCACUGAACUUUUGAGGAAAAUCAUCCUCAACCGGAAGGAUGAACUGUGACUUUCAAAAGUCCCAUCAUGUCUAUUAUACCUUGAUUGAUAAUUAGGACUGCAAUUUGAUUGUUCACAUUCCAAAAGAGGAAAUAGAGGGACAGGAAAUCAUUAUGACUAAUUGAAGUUUUUCCCAUCAUUCUAAGAAUACAGGAAACAAUAACUGAAUGUGGUAAAAGGUGAAUUAACUUAGGCUUGUGCUAUCGUUCUAAAGUGAUUGAAUUGAAUUUGUGCCUUCUUGGAAAGAAAAUCAUUUGUUUAUCUUACUAUCUCAAAUCAUCAAUUGUUGAUGAUAUUAUGAAGAGCCAGUUAGGAUUUUUUUGGCAGCCAGGCUCAGUUCAGCUAGAAUUUCCUUAGAGAGACCUUACUAGCAACUGCAAUUCAUUUGUCAAGAUUUUGACCAUGAAUUUCAUUUAAAAAUGCAACCCAAAGUAAAAGAGUGCACUUGGCGUAGUGUGGACACAGUUAUAAGGGGCAGGCAAAAAUAGGUUUCCUCAAAGCAGACACACUUAUAAUGAUAUGUGUC